UCAGGUGUGUGCCUGCCUGUCCAUGAAUGCGCGAGCUUUUCGGGGACCUGAGUCCUCUACUGUGAGUCCCAGUGUAGACUGCUAUAUUUCUGUGCCUGGCAGAGGAGCAUUGCCGGCACAAGUGCCCCGUGCCUCUGCCGCCAGGGGGAGCCCUUGAGAACCUGGUGGGAGCGUGCCACGUGGCUGAAGAAACGCUGGCGCAGGCGUCGUGGCGACACCUCUGAGGUGGGCUAGGACUUGGGCGCUCAUGUAGUCAGGGCCGCGCGCAAGCGCAAGCACGGCGGUGGGUAUUGCCUGGUGCUUCACCAGACGCAGGAUGUUGCCUUGGCUUGGGCCAUGGGCCACAGGCCAGGAGGAGGCAACAGAGGGGCUAGGCCUCCCCACCGGCAGUGGUCACGGAGAGGCCUUGAGCUCUGGAGAGGAAACCAUGAAGGAGCAAGAAACGCCUGUGCAGGACAGCUCACAGCCCCAGGCCCUCAGCCCAUCUGAGCCAGGAAGAAAGCAGCUGCCGCCUUCCAGGCACCUGGCUACUGAGCCGACUGCAGAAGCCUCAGUACCUCUUUCUCCCCGGGUGACCUCCCAGGUCACCCCCUCAAGGAUGACUCCACUGCCACUUCGGGAUCCCAGCCACCAGGCUAAUGCAGGACCUCAGCUGGUGGGGCCCAGCUGUGGGCCAGGGGUAUCUUUGUCUAAUAGGACACUGUGCCAUCCUUCCUGGCCUAUGUAUGAUAACUGGGGCAGGAGCCCAACCACCUCAGGACGUCCAGAGGAAGAGCAGGUGGUGUCUAAGGAUACAGGGGUCCCGGUGAGAAACUAUGAAGAUGUCUUUCUCUUGGAUCCUCUACUACCAUGUGGGCAGCGUGUUCCCCUAAUCCUGUCCAAGCCCCCUCAGCAGGCAAUGGACUCCAGGAAGCUGCUGCUCCCACCACCCAUCAUGUCGCCCUCUGUGCAUCCCUCCUCAUCCCAGGCCUGCUCCUCCACCUGGCUCAGCGAGGCAGAGAUGAUCGCCCUUGCUGGUCUGCUGCAGAUGAGCCAGGGAGAGCAGGCACCCAACACUGUGGCAAGCUCUCUGCCUUCCACCAGAUGCCCAGACCCUGUCUCUGUCUCUGAAGACCCAGGUCCCAGUGGUGACCAGAGCUGUUCUGGGAGUACUGACACAUAGACCAUAUAGUACCCCAAUAACCACAGUCCAUAGUGUACCCUGCCCCCCUCUCCUCCACAGGUGCUUCUCCCCCAAGCUGUUUUGUUGACAAUAAAUCAGAGUUUGCAAACCAGG